UGGGGAAGUACAGACAUGUAUAAUGAGAUUAUCCGCGAUAAUGUCGAGCCUGACAGGUACCAAUGUGUAACGGGGGUCAAUAGAACAUAUAGAACAAGAUGGCGGCUUUACUUCCACAUAACAGGUUUGGUCCAUACAUCGGCGACGAGAAAAUCGGCCAGGGAACAUUCGGAGUUGUAUACAAGGUGACGAAGGAACAACAGUCUAAUGACACUGGACAGGUCGUGUUUUAUGCCUUGAAGAUCGUUGAACUGGCUGUAGACCAGGAAAGUAGAGAACGAGAAUUAGUCAGUCGAGAGGAAGACAUUUUGAAAACAGUAAAACAUCACAAUGUGGUCCGCUUUGUGGAUUCUUUCACACAAGGAAAGUGUGUGUGUCUUGUUAUGGAGUACUGCUCAGACGGAACUCUGUACACCUUUAUCAGGAAAAGAGAAAGCAAGCUGUCGGAGGAUAUGUUUGUUAACUUCCUCAAGCAAAUAGCCGAUGGUUUGAAGUACCUUCAUCGGAAAAAAGUGCUUCACCGUGAUAUCAAGACAAAGAAUAUUUUGCUUACAACAGGAUAUAUACUCAAGAUUAGUGACUUUGGUGUGUCAAGGAUAACCGACUUAGUCAAUCCAUCCGUGCAUUCAAUAAGGAUGGGUACACCGCGUUAUAUGAGCCCGGAGGUACUGAAGAAGCAGCCGUAUGGCCAGAAGACAGACAUAUGGAGCCUGGGAUGUACUGCCUAUGAAAUGGCGGAAAUGCACUAUGCAUUUGACGCAAAUAGGGAGAAGGAAGCUAUCACCUGUAUAAAGAACCACAGGCUACCGAACUUUGAUGGGAUUAUGUACUGCAGUUAUAUGAAAGAUCUGAUCAAGUCCAUGUUAAACAAAGAUCCCGAAGAAAGACCAAACGCUAAACAGAUACUGAAAUCGCUGUUAGGCCAUGAAUGUACAACUUGGUCCCUCCCGACCUCACCAAUUGGAGCUGAACUCCCAGCAAUCCACAAAACUUCUCAAGUUAACGAUGACACGACACAAUAUCAGAUUCUACAGGCUGCGAAAAGAGAGUCAACUAUCAAGCCCUACAAGCAGCCUAGAAAGAGUCUAGAAUUCGCUUCAACCGAAAUACAAAAACUUCUCGUAUCGAAACUGGAUUGCGCGAAAGGUUGCGAUAUUGUGUGCGGCAUGAAGAAAUAUUUCCGCGAGGGAGUCACACUGAGAGAUACACUGGCAAAAUAUCAAGGCAGCAUUAGAGGUGACAUAUUAGAAACCGUGCGACCGCUGUGUGCGGCUUUACAGGGAACAGAACAGGCUCUGGAUGCUCUUAACGAGGCGAAGAACAGCGCCGAAGCCUCUCUUUCUAGCUCUACUGAUAGAAUUGACUGAAGCAUUGACCCGAGUGAUGAACGACAUUGUAGAAGUAUACUUCGCAGACAACACUUGGGGCACCUUCAGGAGUUACAUUGGGGCACCUUCAGGAGUAACAUUGGGGCACCUUCAGGAGUUACAUUGGGGCACCUUCAGGAGUUACAUUGGGGCACCUUCAGGAGUUACAUUGGGGCACCUUCAGGAGUUACAUUGGGGCACCUUCAGGAGCUACAUCGAUAAACAUGAUUGGCAUCGUUGAAGUCAUUCAAAAUGGUACCACAUUGAUAUAGUUCCCCGAUAAAUACAGAAGUACUGUAGUCAUUCAUAAUCUGACUACGCUGGUAUCGCUUUAAAUAUCUCAGACAUUAACCUUGCAUGAUUAUAUAACCUUGCAUGAUUGUAUCUCCAAAUAAUCAAACUAAAAUCUUCAGUUGCGUGUAGAUAUAACUGUGGAGCUCACACAAAGAGUAGCGUGAUAUCUCGAUCCUGUGCAAAAGGUUGACCCAUUCACGUGAUAUUCCUUCUGUUGCUAUCGUUUUUUUAAUACCGCUUGCAUCAGAUAACUGGAACAUUGUUGGAUUUCUCCACAUAUAUGCAUAUCCAUAAUAUAUACUGUCGGUUUCAUUCCUAUCAAUCAAGCACAAACUAUACCGAAAGAGUUUCGUUUUACAGUAAACAGUAUUGGCUCAUGUCAGGAACCCGUCCUUCUCACCGUUAUCAGAUAUUCUCUAGGCAUUUUUGGAAUUGUGUUGGAGUUUAAUAUCUAUGUGAUCGUAAUCAAAAAUUGAAAUCUUUUGGGGAAAUUAAUCAAAGUACCAUAAAUCCAGUAUAUGACUUUGUACAUACAUUUAUAUUUUUUUAGAUAUGAUCAGUUAGCUUUGUACAUACAUUUAUAUUUUUUUAGAUAUGAUCAGUUGGCUUUGUACAUACAUUUAUAUUUUUUUAGAUAUGAUCAGUUGGCUUUGUACAUACAUUUAUAUUUUUUAGAUUUGAUCAGGUGGCUUUGUAUAUACUUUUCUAUUUGUUAGAUUUGAUAAGUUCGUGUUGUACACACUUUUCUAUUUGUUAGAUUUGAUUAUUUAAUAUUCAAUAUCUAUGUAUACCUACUAUAUAUUUCUAUGUCCCACUCUGUAUGUUUUAAUAUUUGGAGGCAUUACGAAACAGUUGUUAGAAUAAACAUAACCAAUGUCUGUGCAUUCGCCAAUUGCUCAUUUCAAUAUUUCAAAUCAUUUAUUCCGUUCAUGAAAGGUACCGUUUAUAGGAGACUUCUGUGAUAAUUCUUUAAUGGUGUUUUAGAAGCAUCUUUUAAGUUUGAUGCUUUUAACUGUGAUUAUUUGUUUUUCAUCGUGAUGGGUUUUUUUCAUUGUGAUUUUUGUAUUUCACUGUGAUGUUUUUUCCCACGGUGAUGUUUUUUCACAGUGAUGUGCUUUUCGCUGUGAUGUUGUUGUUGUUAUUGUGAUAUCUUUAUUCGCUGUGAUAUUGUUAUCAUGAUUUUGCCUGUUAACAAACUUUUAAUAAAUCAUUAUUUGUCAAA